CACGGGCCAGUGACGUCAUCAAGUAGCGACUGCAUGUUUUGGUCAGCGUGGGCUCCACAGUGACAGGACUAUUGAAUCGUUUCUCCAUGUAAAUUCCUCAGUUAUUUUUUUUAAUCUUUUUUCUUUUUGUCAUCUGUGAGUGGAUUAUUUUGUCAAAAUGUCUGUUUUUCACGACGAAGUGGAGAUCGAAGACUUUGAAUACGACGAAGACACGGAAAUGUAUUACUUUCCUUGUCCCUGUGGAGACAAAUUCGCCAUAAGCAAAGAGGAGCUGGAAAACGGUGAAGACGUGGCCACGUGUCCGAGCUGCUCCCUUCUCGUCAAGGUCAUCUACGACAAGGAGUCCUUCAUGGUGGGUGAAAUCCUGGAGGCGGCGCCGGGAAGUAAAGCGGAGAUGCUUCACACCUGAUCAGAUGACCUCCAGACUUUGUUUGCGGGCUUUUCUCCCAGGAAUCCCGAUGUCCCUCGACGCGUCUGUGCAGCCCUACUGUACACAUGUUCUAUCAGGACGUACAACGUACACACGCUCAGACAUUUCCAACUCAUCUUUAGGAUUUUUCAUGAUGGGUCAUGUGACCAGGUGAUGAAGCUGGCUAAAAAAGUGCUGACAUGUAAAUACUAUUUAAAUUUAUUUAUGCUACUGGUUCACAAGUACUUGAUUGGAUGCAGAGUCUGUUCUCCUCACACUCCUUGUGGAAGUGGUUCUUGCUCUGGCCUUCUUCCCCACUCUCUUAAGUUAAAAUGAAUACAGUGUAAGCUAACUAGUUAGCUCAGUCUCAUAUCCUGCACAUAAUAGUUGUGCAAUGAGGGGUCAACAAAGAAUAGAGGUGUAAAGGUGACUAUAGGGAUGCUAUUUAAUGUCUACAGGGCUCUAAUAUUGGCAAAAAGCAUAUUUAGAAAGUCUAAAACAGGUUUUCUCUGUUUUAUAUUUUUUAUUUUAAUUUAUUAUGUCUACUAUAUUGGGUAAUAAAAGUGUCUAGAGGACUAUGGAUGUCUGACAUAAUGUGACAGCCUGACAUAACAACAUGGAACGUCCGACACAAGAUGAACGCCUGACAUGAUGACAACAAUAACAUUGGAAAUAACAUGAACGCCUGACAUGAAGAAAGGUGAAUCAAAAGUGUCCUUGAGGCCGAAGGUCAGUGACCUUGUGAUUUGAGCAGGUGUCGGUUGAUCAUUGAUUUGAUGUCUGAUUGUGAAUAAACAUAAUAAAUAUUAUCUACCGCUCCAACCAUCAA